AUGAAGAUGAAGGAUACAGUUGAUGUAACUGUUAAGCUCCACUCCCGUCAGUCUAUUACCUGUGAAGUUAAGCUAUCCAAUGGGGAUCAGUUCUAUUAUACUGCGAUUUAUGCAUCAAAUUUAUCAGAAGAGAGAACGGACCUGUGGAUCAAAUUAUUGGAUGCUUUUCAGUUCCUCAAGCUUGGGCCACGCUUCACUUGGACAAACUGUCGGCCAUCUUCCUCUAUUGCAGAAAAUCUUGACAGGAUUCUUGUGAACAUGUCGUUUGUCUCCAACUUUGCUCAAAGUUCUGCUACUUUAUUACCCCCUCUGAUAUUUGACCAUUGCCCAUGUAUGCUUGAUAUAGUUGUUCCCCUGCCAACGGUGGGAACUGUCCUUUCAAGUCCUUUCAAUUACUUGACAAAGCAUCCUAGCUUCUUGCAAGUCGUGUUUGAUGCUUGGGCUCAGCUAGAAGUCGAUCCUUGCCCGAGAUGUGGUGUUCACCUGGAUAAAGAGGUGAGUCAACAAUAUGACUACAAAUCUGUUCUUGUUUGA